AUCAGUGGCUGCAUGCCUUUAUAUGAAUAAUUCAAUUUAUUCAUGCAGUACUACAUCUCCUCUGUGCCUCACAAUGCCUCUGUGUCUACAGGCAUCAUAUAAGUAGUUGUAUUUGAGCGUGAUGCAGCAUCUGGGGAAUACAUCCAGCUGUAAACAGAGAGUGCCUCCCUCCCUCUCCCUCUCCCUUUUUCUUCCACUCCCUCUCUGUCUAUCCAUCUUUCUAUCUGUCCUCCUGACUGCAGUCUGCAUAUAGUGCCACACUGCUGCUGCUGCUGCUGUGUGAUAGGAGCAAGUGGGAGGAACAGCUUCCUCUGUUUUGCCUCAAAAAAAAUGACAAGACAUCUUCCCAGAGCUGCUGCAGCAGGGGUGGAUUUGGCUUCCAGGCUCCUGCAUUGCACAAUCGUUCCUCUCUGAUAAAUUAGACAAGAAGAAGAAGUCUUGGAAGACGUUGGGAGAGAGGGAGAGGGAAGCAGGAGGACGCAGAACACCAACAGUGAGGUUAGGGCUGUGUGGAGGAUAAUAGAUAAAAAAAAGAAAAAAAAGAAAAGGGGGCUGAAGUUGAAUGGCAGGGGAGGUAUGAAGAGAGAAAGUGAGGCAGGGGGUCGACACAGGGAGCAGGAGAUAGAGCGAGUUACGCUGCAGUAGAAUGAGGGUUAGAGUGAAAGAGAGAGCCGAGAAGCAUUCGAGCCGCCAGCCUUUAGCACGCCACCCAGGACCCAUCGCUUUCUGAAGGAGGCAAGAAGAGAAAUCCACCGUGGAGGCGAGAAGGAGAAGGAGGAGGGGGGCUGAGGAGGAGGAAGCCAGAGGUUCUACACACAAGAUGGCUGCUGUGUCCUCUGCCUCCGACACUGGGGACCCUAGGGGUCGACACCCUCCUGAGCGCAGACUUCUGCUCCUGGGAGGGCCACAGUCCGGUAAGACCUCCACCGCUAAUACCAUCCUGGGGGACGAGGUCUUCGACACAGGAACAGAAACCACUCACAGCAACGUGGGCCAGACCGAGAUCUACGGCCGACGGGUCACUGUGGUUGACACCCCGCCGUGGGCCAUCCCUAGGGACACCGAGGACAAUGCUGAAGCUGACAACAACAACGACAAUGCAGGCGCUGAGUCAGACACUCCGCCACAGCCCCCGCCAAGUCUGGACAGCGAGGGUCCAUGCAUGGGCGCCAUUCUCUGCCCUCCUGGACCCCACGCCAUCCUGCUGGUGGUGUCAGUCACCCAGCCCUUUACUGAAACGCAGCGGAGGGCCGCAGAGGAGCAGCUAGGGGCCCUGGGUGGAGGGACGUGGAGGUAUUCCAUGGUGGUUUUUACUGGGGUGGAUAAGUUACCCAAAGGUGUCUUCAUUGAGGAGCACAUCGCAAACACUGGAGAGUCUCUGCAGUGGCUGGUGGAGCGUUGUGGAAGCAGGUACCAUGCCUUUGACAACACUCGGAAAGAGACAGAAGACAACACACAGGUGCCUGAGCUGAUGGAAAAAGUGGAGGAGUUGAUCACUGACAACCAAGGCUGGUACUUUGAGGUAAAUGAGUUGAUUUUGCUUGAAGAGGAGCAGGCCAGGAGAGCUCUGGAGGAGGAGAGGAUGAGGAUGGAGGAGCACACUAGACAGAGGGAUCAGAUGAUAGGAGGACCUCCCAGAGAGUUGAGAUUGCUCUUAUUGGGAUGGAAGGGCGUUGGAAAGAGCUCUGUUGGAAACACAAUCCUGGGCCGGCGGUUCUUUGAGUCAGGUCAGGAGACGGAGCUUUGCCUUCGGCGGCAGGCACUUGUAUCAGGUCGUCGAGUCACCAUCGUUGACACCCCUGGCUGGGAUUGGUUCUCAGUUAGGCGAACCCCAAAGCGCAUCCGCCAGGAGUCCCAGCGUGGAGCCGCCCUCCUGCGCCCUGGACCCCACACCCUGCUGCUCGUCCUCCCCGUUGUCUCGUCCCUUACUGCCAGGAAGAGGAGGACACUCCUGGCUCACAUAGAGACUCUGUUUGGUGACAGCGCUUGCCUCCACACCAUGGUGCUCUUCAGCUGUGGGGAUUGGCUAGGUCGCACGCCAAUUGAGGAGCACAUUCUUAGAGGUGGUCGAGAGCUACAAAGACUAUUGGAAUACUGUGGAAACUAUUACCACGUCAUGGACAGUAAGACUCCUGGCAAGGACAGAAGUGUGUCAGUGCUCCUGGAUAAGAUAGAGGAGAUGAUCAGAGAAAACGGAGACAAGGCUUUUCUCCCAAUUCAAACUGAGUGGUUGAGUGAGGAGAGCUCCUACUCCUCUGACAACACCGAGCCUGAGGAUGACUGUCGAGGAUGCCAGCUCCAGUGACACGGCUUCAGUAAAAAAAGGAAAGUGGUCCGGCUUUUUCAUCCAUGCUCCAUGAGUCUUCAAAAGGCCACAAACAUUCACCUCUUGUAACUUAAACCUUAUCCAGAUUUCCUGCUCUGGCUCUGGAGAGUUUGACGGAAAACAGAAGUUUGUCAUUUUAUGAAAUCUAAAGACAGAAAUUACCGGUCACUGAGGAAAUUUUCUCCUGGACUGAAAAAGAACGUCUCUGACAAAAUGUUCAAAACGUUUGUCAAAUCCAAGAGAAGAAAAAUAUUCUACUGCAGCUUCAGGGGACUGAAGCUCCGUCCCUUGUUCAUGAGCAUGUACACUGGCAUCAACUGCGGCUAUAGAGCCUGUUUCAACACUGCAAAAGAAGAACUACUCCUCAUUGUUACUCUACGUUCAGACUGCACUGCUACAAGUUGGAAGCGCCAUAUCAAAAGCAAAAGGUUUAUACCUGAGCAGACAACAUUAUCAUGAGCAGUACGUCAAUAUUGUUUAGUGAAAGACUGAGAGGAAUGUCUCUAUAUAUGACUUGCUCCACAAAUUUUGAUUAGAUUUUAAAAUAUAGUUGUACUAUUCUGCAUCAAGUGCCAUUUCUGUCAUUCAGUUUAAAUUAGUUUGAAUCAAUGAAAUUGGUCUGAAUUGUUAAAAAAACAUGGAAAUAUAAGCAAUGGAAAUAUUGUGUUCUAGAAGUUUAAGUUGUAACUGUGCACCUUUGGACAUGAAGCAUCCAAUAGUUCUGAAGUUUCAUGAGUGGUUGUGAAAUGUUUUCAUUUACAUUUGGUUGGUUUCUGCUCAGGGAGUCAGGGUUGAAAUGUUUCCUCAAGGGGAAAAAUCUGGAACAUUUACAGAAACGCUGAUGAAUGCUGUUGGUAAAAUGCAGACGAAAGUCCCAUAUUGAUUAAUUUUGUGUUUUCUUUUUGUAUUUUAUUUGGUUUCUGGAAGUCAAAGGGAAAUAGUGUUUGCACUUUGGUUAACUCAGUUGGCUCCCUUGUGCUAAGAAGAUAAAUGCAAUCCAUCCAAAGCAGCAGAUACUCAGCAUUUCUUGGUAGCCCUCUGCUGUAGCAUUCAUGCACAUGAGUAGCUAUAAAAAAGACAGUCAGGCUGAACCGAAACUGUGUGCAGUCUCAGAUCCCUGCGGAGCAGCUUGGGUUGGCUGUUAGCGUCCAUGCAUCCAGUUCAUUUAUCGACAAGGUAGAUUCAGCAACGUGCCUCAGCAUCAAAGUGUGUGAGUGGGAGUGCAGCCCUGCAGCAGGGCGGUAUUCUAUAGGUUACAUCAGGCUUUCGCAUGCUACUGAAACAACAUAACCUCAUGAAACAUUGGAGCUCACAUAGGGCUUUUCCUACCUUUUCUACAUCAUUGUGACUCCUCUUUCUCACAUCAAUGAUGAUGUUUUCAAAAAUAUGAAUAUAUAUUCAGCUCUCAGAGGCAUGUUAAGACACCGCAUGCAGAUAAACGAGUGCCUAUAGAGUUGAAGGCAACCUCACUUCUAAUUCCUCUAACUCUUGCUUGAGCAGGUCCAUUGGGGGUUUCUGGAACACCAUCACAUCCUUCUACCUUUAUUGACCAUAUUCACGCUGUGGCCAUUUUACUCUGACAUCAUGUUCGGGUUGAGAGUUUUAAAUCCGGUCAUAAUAUCAAACUGGUGCAUUCCUGGUUUAAAGUGAUAUAACGUUAUGGUAUUUGACUAAUUGUUAGCAAAUGAAAAGACAUUUUCUCAAAAUCUGGAGGGAUAAAAAGCCAUAUUUUAAGUUAAAACAACAUAUUUGACAUUCUCAUCUACAGUCAGACCACAGCUAAAGUUGCAUUCAGCUACUUAGGCUACUACAUAAAAUAAGCGUUCGCAAGGAAGUGACUGAAAGCUAAUAUUAACAUUUUGUAAUGGUCCACUUCAUAAUAAGAAAGCCAUACAUUUCCUAGCUAACGUAACUUACGGUAGGUAUUGACUUCCUGGGUUACAAAGUGUUGUCUAGCUAGCAUUUGACAUCUUCCUAGCUCACAUAACAGCAUUUAUCCAUACCAAAGGCUUUAAAGGUAGCAUUAGCUAUGGUCUUAUAGUUAUACAAGCCAUUGUCUUAUUCUGUUGAUGGUCAACUGAGAAGUGUCAAAAUGAUUUACAAAUCCCAACGUUUACAUGACUACAAUUGUAAAUAGCAGUACGUAAAACGUAACAACUUUGAGCUCCAGCCUGGGCAUGACUUCUGAGAAAAUGGCGACUUUGUGAAUAUAGUGAAUACAACUGCAAAGAAAUAAAAUAGAAAGUGGGAAAAAGAAAAUUUACACUUGAAAGGUACAAAUAAAAGCAUAUAUAUGACCGAUACCACUGCCAUGCUGUAAAUUUUAUUUUCUACAAAUAGCUAUAAAAGAAACCCCCCCCCCCCCAUGCUUCCCUUAUGCUUUACUGACUCUGUGCUUCAUCUAGUGACUUAGGCUAGGCCUACUGCAGCACUUAGUGUGACAAGCAUGACUUUACAUUUUGAUAUAAAAAUGUUUCAAACAUUCAGUUGGAGUCUUAGAUUUCCUCUUCACCCGUGAAUAUAUUGUAUAAGCUGUGUAUAUUUACAGUGAAAAAAAAUGUCGCAUUGUACGCUUAAAUAGCAAAGCAUUUUUGCACUGUGUAAGUUCUACCACUUUACAGUUAGCCAAAGUGACGUCACGUUCUGUGUUCCCUCCUAGACCGUGAUUGCAUCAUCAGUUUUUUUGCUCAUCCUAAGACUAAAAUAAAAGAGAUGAAUAUUGUUGUGUA